CCUACUAUAUCUGUGAUUUCAACGACCUACAAAUCGCAAAAGGUCGAUCCUACGGUUUAACAUAAAACCGUCCAGAUCAGCAGGACGGCAUAGAUUUAGCUUCAUCCAGAAUCAAACAUGUUGCGAACGAUUGUAUUACGAAACCAGUUACUAAACAAUAGCCUAAAUAAAGUGGUCAGGAGCAAUAUCACGAGAUGUGUAAGCACCGAGUUAGCCCGUCGAAAGCACCCUAGCAAAUUACUCUCACCAUCACAUGUAAAGCGAGUGCUCGCCGCCCCACAAUGGACGCAGUUGAGACACUACGCCGACUUGCCUACACACACAAAGGUGAACCUCCCAGCACUGUCACCCACUAUGGAGAAUGGGUCUAUCGUCAGUUGGGAGAAGAAAGAGGGAGAUAAGCUCAGUGAAGGUGACCUGCUCUGCGAAAUCGAAACAGACAAGGCCACCAUGGGCUUUGAGACCCCCGAGGAAGGCUACCUGGCCAAAAUCCUCAUCCCAGCCGGCACCAAGGGUGUAGCCGUUGGCAAGCUGCUCUGCAUCAUUGUGGAGAACCAGGCUGAUGUUGCUGCCUUCAAGGACUUUAAGGAUGAUUCCGCCGCUGCCCCUGCGAUGCCCGCAGCCAAAAAAGCGCCUGCGGCCGCCGCCCCCGGCGCGCCCGCCGCCGCCCCCGCCCCCGCCGCCGCCCCCGCGCCCGCCCCAGCCCCCGCGGCCGCCCCCGGCGCGGCGCCCGGAGGUAGGGUGUACGCCAGCCCCAUGGCCCGGAGGUUGGCCGAGAUUAGGAACGUCCGUCUGGGAGGCAAAGGGUCCGGGCUCUACGGCUCGCUGAAGAGCGGCGACAUCGGCGCCGCCGGGGCCGCGCCCGCGCCCGUGUCCUUCGCCGUGCCGACCCCCGCCCCCGGCGCCACCUUCGUGGACAUCCCUCUGUCUGGCAUGAGGGAGACCAUUGCCAAGAGAUUAAGCGCCGCCAAGCAGCAAAUACCACAUUAUCAAUUAGUGGCGACUGUGAAUAUUGAGAAGACUCUUGAGAUGCGAGAGAGGAUCAACGCUAGAUUAGCUAAGGAAAGCCCCGGUGUUAAGGUGUCAGUAAACGACUUCAUCAUCAAAGCCGUGGCAGCGGCGUGCAAGCGCGUGCCGACAGUCAACUCUCACUGGAUGGAGACCUCGAUCAGACAAUUCUCGAACGUAGACGUGAGCGUAGCCGUAGCGACACCCACCGGCCUCAUCACGCCCAUAAUCUUCAACUCGGACUCCCGAGGGGUCAUUGACAUCUCCAAGACGAUGAAGGAACUCGCACAGAAAGCUAAGGAAGGCAAACUGCAACCGCAAGAGUACCAAGGAGGCACUGUCACUGUGUCUAACCUUGGAAUGUAUGGCAUCACGAUGUUCAACGCGAUCAUCAACCCGCCGCAAUCGCUGAUCCUGGCGUGCGGGGGCGUGCAGGAGCUUGUUAUUCCCGAUGAGAAGGCCGAGAAAGGAUUCAGACUAGCGAAAUUCGUGUCGUUCACGGCAUCCGCCGACCACAGGGUGAUCGACGGCGCGGUCGGCGCCGAAUGGAUGAAGGCCUUCAAACAGAACAUUGAAGACCCCGCCAACAUCAUCCUCUAACCAUCCUGUAUAGUGUAUACGUACGAUUUGUCCGCUGGACCGAUAAGCUCAGUGAAUUUUAAGCUACAGGGAACGGUUCGCUUCGAAACCUAAAGCAGGUUAGACGGUCAAGCUGAUCUUGUCACUAAAAAAGGCGCGAAAUUUGAAUUUUCUAUGGGACGUGAACCUUCGCCCCUACAUUUUUCUAAUUUGCCGCCUUUUUUAUUGAUUUGUUUGACCAUCUAUAUAUGCGACCGUUCUGAUUAAAGUUCGAGCAGGGCGCUAGGUUCUGCCAGUGUUAAGUUUACCCUACGCCCCUAAAUAUCAUUAUUAUUAAUCGAGCACGCACGACUUGUAAUUUCAUAAUUUUCUAAAAUGUUUACCUACGCAUAUUAGCAUUUAUAUAUUCAUGGGCAUAUAAUGCCCUUAGAUCGGAUUGUACAUAUAUUAGCGUUAUCAUUUUUUUUAUUUUAUUUUGAUUUUUUUUUUGGAUAAACGGUCCAUUGUAUAAAUCGCGGAAUAGACUAGUAACCUCAUCAUAUCCUUACCGCUUUAUUUAUUUUUCUUUUUUAUUUAUUAUUGAAUAGAAUCAAGGCUGUGUUACAGCGUUGAAAUUACAUUUUUGUAUUGAUAUUGUUGAAUACAUUUAUGUAUACAUAUUUUGCACACAACAUCGAAGGAUGUGCGUUAUUUAAGGGCUUAUUUAUUUAGUAUACCUAAAUGAAGGUACGUACAAAAACUCCGAGAUUUUUUAUAGGUAUUUCAAGUUUGAAAUGCAUAUACGUCGAAUGUAUUUUGGAGUACAGAUCUUUAUUUAUUAUCGAACGUUGCCAGUUUGGGUACUAAAGUGAGCUUGGCCGUGUAGCUGGUGUAAAUAUUGAACAAAUGCCGUACGCGUAGUAAGAUAAAGGCCAAUUCGUAAUUUUACAACUUCCAGUUUUAAGUCUUAUCGACCGUUUUAUAUCGACUAUAGAUCACA